AUUAUGGAUUUUGAUCGUUACGUUACUGACUUUGUAUAUAACUCUGAUAAUAUGGAAUGGAGCGUCCUAAAUUGUCUAAAGUAUCUUGAAGCACGUGUACAAUAUACUUCUGAUAGCAAAGAAGGUAUUAUUGACGCAUUUGCGAGAACGUUUGAAAAAAUCAGUAAUUCUACUGCUAUGCUUUCUGGAGUAAAGAGAAAGGCCAAAAAAUUAGCCAACAAAGUAGAAGAGACAUUUCGAAGAAAAGAAAUUGUUGAUUUUUUUAAAGUUCUGGAUGAAAAUUUUGAAAGGAGGCAGGAAGAACGGGAUCUUGAGAAUUCCUUCGACAAGAAUGGUCGUGAACUGUUAAAAAGGUCCGGUGAUUUCAAUACACUGAAAUUAUCAUCGCGUUAUAUGGAAAGGACAAAAGAAUUAUGUGAAGGUGAAUCAGUAAUAUCAGAACAUUAUGGUCUAAGAAAAAAACAAAAGGUAGACUAUAAUGAAAAACGGAUAUUGGAAAGGAUAUCUCAAUCGGAAGAAUCUCAAACGGAUGACCAUUCAGAAUUUUCUCAGGCAGAAUCUCUUAACCCUCCAAAAAUUGAGGCGCUAGCGAGUUUAAACACGAAAUCGCACUUAGAAAAUUAUAAUAUUGUUUGUCUCUUUGACAUCGAAUUUCCCUACACCAAACAACUCUUUAUGAAAUUAUCAAGGAAUCAGAUGCGCAAUAUGGAGAGUAAAUGGAUAGAGGCCGAAACACAUAUUAGCAAAGAAGAGAUUGAAAAGUGCUGGAAAGAAUGCUCAUUAAAAAAACUGGUGGAUGAUAACAACCAAACCAUUAAAGACAAUUCAAAUGAAAAUACGCUUUAUGUUGAUCUCAAUGAACUUAUGACCUCUUUUACAAAACAGAAAUUUGACAAAUAUGACCACCAAAAAAAUUACGAAUUGCUUUGGUGUCAAAAUGUUUAUGUGCAGAUGACUCUCCAACUAUUACACAAGCACAGUGCAUUGCUUGACAAAGAAUCCGGAUGUGCUAUGGAUGAAAACCAGGAAGAUGAUCGUGGAAAACUUGGUGACAAACACGACGGUAUAUUAUACAUGAAUGUCAAUGGUGUAAAAAUUGGCGUUGGUUUUGUUGAAGUUGUCGGCAAUGCAUUCACCGCAGAUAUUUCUGACAAGAAUUACGACCUUGAGAAGCUAUUGAAAGCAAUGAUGAUAUCCCUAUACUAUCAACGUGCACACCAAUCUGAUAAUGAGAAUAUCUCUCGAUUGCAAUCAUUUGCAAUCUUAGUAUUUGGACGUGAGUAUCAUCUUCUAAGCAUGCAUCUAGUUGAUGAAAUGUACAUCGUAGAUGAAUACGAUGCUUUCAUAAUACCAGAUUCUUGUGUGGACUUGUUACAAAUCGGAAACGCUAUCGAAAUAGUGAAAAAAUUUAAGGUACGAUUGAUAAAAUAUUAUCGUCAACUUAUUAAAAAACCACGUAAAGUGACUCGACUCCCAAGUGCGGGACCACCAACUGCUUCACCAUCUGGGUCAAAAGCAAAAAAAAAAUCGCAUUGA